AAAUGAAAUUCAAAAUUUUUAUUGCCCUUCAUAAUUGAUUGUUAUGUUAUUUGAUUCUCAGAUUCAAAAAUGGGCUCUUUCAAUCCACUUGCCAUUAUUCUCAAAGAAAAUAAACUUACUGGACCAAACUAUGUUGACUGGAAAAGAAACUUGAAUAUUGUGUUAACUACUGAGGGCCACAAAUAUGUGCUAUCUACGGCGUGCCCUCCUAUACCUGAAGAAAAUGCCACAGAACAAGAAGCAAAGCCUUAUAAAGAUUGGGUUAAGGCUGAUGAGAUGGCGCGGCGUUAUAUUUUGGCUUCUAUGUCGAAUAUAUUGCAACAUCAGCAUCAAGCUAUGGAAACUGCUUUUGAUAUGAUGCUAAACCUCAAAGAAAUGUUUGGGGAUCAAAAUCGGGCAGCAAGGCUAGUUGCUAUAAAAGAAUUGGUGAGCAUCACCCAUGUUGAAGGAACCCCGAUUAGGGAUCAUGUUCUAAAGAUGAUAGCUCUUCUUAAUGAACUAGAGAUCCUUGGAGCUGAAAUUGAUGGGGAAACCCAGAUCGAUUUCGUUCUUAACUCACUGCAGUCUAAGAGUUUUAAGCAGUUUCGCCUGACUUAUUCUAUGAACAAAAUGCAUUUAUCUUUGGCGGAACUUCUUAAGGAACUCCAAGCAGCUGAGGGUCUUUUGGUUGGGAAGAAACCACCAUCAGUGCUAGUGGCAGAGAAGGCUUCUACUUCUAAGCCGAAAGGCAAGAAGAAGCAGAAUAAGUCUCAGAAAAAGGUUGUGGAGGCAGUUCAUGCGCCUCAAGGUGGAGUGAAAAAGCCUACGGGCAAGUGUUUUCACUGCAAGCAGAAAGGACACUGAAAGAAGGAAUGUUCGAUUUUUCUCAAUAAAGUGAACAAACAAGGGGUUCCAGGAAACCAAAAGACUCAGUGAUGGGGAGAUUUAUCUACAUAUGGGAAAUGCUACGAGAGUGGCAGUAGUUGCAGUAGGAAAUGUUUUUUUAAAUUUUAAUAGUAAUAGGAGUUUAAUUUUGAGAGAUUGUC